AUGUACCUUUCUGGGAUCUAUAUAAUCCUGUUUAUAAGGGUUUUGAAACUUGGUUGCAAACGGGUUUAUUUAUUUAAUCUAAGAAAUCCGAUUCUGGGUAAUUUCUUGUGUACCAUUCUUGAUUCUACUCAUAUUGAUGAGAUUUUUUAUUAUCUAAGAAAUAUGCCAUUUCAUCACCUGCCGAAUAUUGUUGAGAGUGUUACCACGACUGAUAUUUUGUUUGAUCAAAGAAUGAAGAAUUCAUAUGAUAAGUUUCUUUCUCAUAGGCUUUGGAGUGCUAUAUUGUGCUGCUACCUAGGUUUCUUUGAUGGAUUGGGAUUAAUGAAAAAAACGCAUGCUGAGAUAAAGUUUUCGGACCCGAUUGAAAUUAUUUUCGUUAUUGAUUUGCCGACACAGGAAAAAGGGCGGAGUAUUUACGAAAUAGAUACUCUUAUUUGCUAUAUGAGCAUGGAUGAAAAAAGUUGUCCAAAGGUUAUGAAAGUGAAGACCAGUCCUCUGGAAGUAUGCUUCGUCAUUGUAGGAUGUCGAUACAAG